UGUCAUUUUGCAGCUUCAUAGCACUCCUAUCCUCCUAAAAUGGCUGCUACUCAACUGCUCCUCACUCUCAACUGUCACUGGUCAUGUGACCGGCUCCUGACCUUCAGAGCUGCUGAUGAGGCUGGUGGGGAUUAUCUGCCUGUGUAAUCAAAUGUACAUAUUGCACACGUAAUGCCUAAUAUGGCAGGGUAUUACACACACAUUUGUCAUUAAUACCCCUUUAAUACCCGGGAGCCUGACGUGGGAGCUCCCAGUAUGGCUAAUUAAUAUUAGUAAUUAGUAUUAUAUAAGUGUUAAGACAGGGGCCUAGCCCCUGUGCUGUGAUCGGAGAUGUCCGGAUUUUCAUGGAAGAAGCUGUUUUCCACCAUUUCCUGCAAACCGUUGGUGAACUGGAUCACCUCCAAAGUGGCCUUUCACCCUCCAGAGCCAACGUACACGCUGCAGGAGACUGAGGCCUCUCAGGCCCAUGACCUUCCUCCUGUAUGCAAACUACACCUGUCAGAGAGUGCUAACUGGCCAUACUCCCAGCAGAUACUGGAUGAGAUGGAGACAUUCUACUGUACCACCAAGCAUGGUAACAGCCUGAGCUGCAUGUACAUCCGCUGCGUCCCUGGGAGCCGGUACACCAUACUUUACUCCCAUGCCAAUGCUUGUGACCUAGGCGAGAUGUGCAGCAGCUACUAUGACCUCGGCUCAAAGAUCGGAUGCAAUAUUUUCUCGUAUGAUUACUCAGGCUACGGGGCGAGCAGCGACAAGCCGAGCGAGGAGAACUUAUACGCUGACAUCGAGGCAGCCUGGCACGCCCUGAGGACCCGCAUCAACAAAAUCUCUAAGGUGACCUGUCCGGUGCUCAUCAUUCAUGGCACAGAAGAUGAGAUUGUGGACUUUAGCCAUGGGCUGGGAUUGUAUGAGCGUUGCCCAAACACAGUGAAUCCACUCUGGGUGAAAGGAGGUGGGCACAAUGAUUUAGACACUUUCAAGGAAUAUAUAAAGAGACUCCAGUAUUUCUUCUACAAGGAGCUGCCCACAUUCUGAAGCUCCCACCAUCGAGAACACCACUCUCUGCAGGAUAUAAAGGGCCAGCGCGUCAAAAAUGUGACGUCACAUUGACAUUGACACCAUGAGUUAAACACCUAUAAAAGGACGUCCCUGGGAGCACUCCUGUGCCAGAGUGCAAGCUCCCAGUUCUCAUCAUGGAGUUUGUAUAUUCUCUGCGUGCUGGCGUGGGUUUCCUCCGGGUACUCCGGUUUCCUCCCGCAAUUCAAAAAUAUACCGUUGGGUUAUUGAUCCCAACUAAAAAUUAAACAACAAUUAACCCUAAUGUGUGUGUUCAUUUACUUUUGUUUAGGGCAGCCUAGAUGGGCCAAGUGUUGUUGUUUUUUAUGUAUUUAUUGGGAUUUUCAAGAAAAAACAUAAAUAGCAAGAGAUCCGUAAGUAUUUGUCAUCAAUAUCAGCAGCAUUUUGUAAGCAACAUAAACAUAAAUACAAAGACAAUUAGGGUCCGAGGAUCAGUCAGUGUCACACGUCUUCUUUAUAUGGGUGAAAGUGAUAAACAAUGAGCAUUGGGGGUUAUUCAGAGAUGGACGCAGAUCUACCUUCCGCAGCAAGAUCUGCAUCCAUCUACUCACAUGCUGGGGGCCACCAUGCACAGGGCAAGGCUGCCCAGCAUGUGUGUGGUGCCACCCAGCUAUGCAUUCUUAAUUAAAUUGUGAAUGCAUCGAUUUGAGGUUCACCCAUGCCUGCGCAGCCUGGCUGCGCAGGCAGGUGGUCCGGCAUAAUUUUU